UGAUGGUGAGUCCAACUUCAGAGCAGUAUGACAGUUUGCUCCGGCAGAUGUCAGAGAGAAUUGAUGAGGGAUGUGGGGAGACCAUCUAUGUCAUUGGUCAAGGAUCAGAUGGGACUGAGUACGGUCUGAGCGAGGCAGACAUGGAAGCGUCCUAUGCCACCUUGAAGAGCAUGGCAGAGCAGAUCGAGGCAGACGUGAUCCUGCUGCGGGAGCACCAGGAGGCAGGCGGCAAGGUGCGCGACUACCUUGUUCGGAAACGUGUGGGUGACAACGACUUCCUGGAGGUCAGGGUAGCAGUGGUUGGCAAUGUGGAUGCAGGAAAGAGCACGUUGCUGGGUGUCUUGACACAUGGUGAACUGGACAACGGCCGAGGCUUUGCUCGGCAAAAGCUCUUCCGCCAUAAGCACGAGAUUGAGUCAGGCCGCACCAGCAGCGUGGGCAAUGACAUUCUGGGCUUCGACAGUGAGGGCAAUGUGGUGAACAAGCCUGACAGCCACGGUGGCAGCUUGGAAUGGACAAAGAUCUGUGAGAAAUCCACCAAAGUCAUUACUUUCAUUGAUCUGGCCGGUCACGAAAAGUACCUGAAAACCACCGUCUUUGGCAUGACCGGCCAUUUACCCGACUUCUGCAUGCUUAUGGUUGGCAGUAAUGCUGGGAUUGUUGGAAUGACCAAGGAGCACUUGGGCCUGGCGCUUGCACUUAACGUUCCUGUCUUUGUUGUGGUGACCAAGAUCGACAUGUGCCCUGCCAACAUCCUACAAGAAACCCUGAAGCUGUUACAGCGACUGCUGAAGUCCCCAGGGUGCAGGAAGAUUCCCGUGCUGGUUCAGAGCAAGGAUGAUGUCAUUGUAACAGCCUCCAACUUCAGCUCAGAGAGGAUGUGCCCGAUUUUCCAGAUUUCAAAUGUCACCGGGGAGAAUCUAGAUCUGCUGAAGAUGUUUCUUAAUCUCUUGUCUCCACGGACUAGUUACAGGGAAGAAGAGCCAGCAGAAUUCCAAAUAGAUGAUACUUACUCUGUCCCGGGGGUAGGAACAGUUGUAUCUGGGACAACACUGAGAGGCUUAAUCAAGCUAAAUGACACCCUGCUGCUGGGGCCAGAUCCACUUGGCAACUUCCUACCUAUUGCUGUCAAGUCCAUCCACCGCAAGAGAAUGCCCGUCAAAGAGGUGCGGGGAGGCCAGACUGCCUCCUUUGCAUUGAAAAAGAUCAAGCGUUCUUCCAUCCGGAAAGGCAUGGUAAUGGUGUCACCCCGCCUGAAUCCACAAGCAUCGUGGGAGUUUGAAGCAGAGAUUCUGGUGCUACAUCACCCCACCACCAUCAGCCCACGAUAUCAGGCCAUGGUGCAUUGUGGCAGCAUCCGUCAGACGGCCACGAUUCUCAGCAUGGACAAGGACUGCCUGCGGACGGGGGACAAAGCCACAGUGCACUUUCGCUUCAUCAAAACCCCGGAAUAUUUGCAUAUAGACCAGCGUCUGGUCUUCCGUGAAGGCCGCACCAAAGCUGUGGGUACCAUCACUAAGUUACUCCAGACCACCAAUAACUCACCAAUGAACUCCAAGCCACAGCAGAUCAAGAUGCAGUCAACCAAGAAGGGAGUUGUUACGAAACGAGAGGAUGGUAUUCCGCCCCCUGGGAUGGCAGCUGGAGGCCCACCAGCUGCGGACGAGGCCCCCUCAACAGCUGCAGCACCACUGACACCUGCUGCCCUGCAGCCGCUGUCAAAAGUCGGAGGAGGAGGCCGGCGACGUGGGGGUCAGCGCCAUAAAGUGAAGUCUCAGGGAGCCUGUGUGACUCCUGCCAGUGGACUUGCUGCUCUCCUCCUAUUUGCUGUCUCAGAUACAGGGGUUAUCAAACAGCUGGAAUUUCAGACAGGGGUUAUCAAACACCUGGAAUUUCAGACUUGGAAAGGUUAA